AUGCGUUCAUCGCCUAGGAGACUACUUACCCGCGCAUCAAAACCGUCGCUGCAUGCCUCGCAUUCCCUUUCCAUCUCCCUUUCCAUCACCAUCUUCAUCCUCAUCGCCAGCAGAAUUCAGAACAGUAUACGGCAACACAUCCUCACUAUGACUAUGCACAACGACAUUAACAUCUGGAUAUCGCUUCAGUAUCUCACUGUGGAUAUAGCGUUCUGCGUAUCCACCAACGGUACCGGGUAA